AUGCCUUCAUCUCCCACUCAAAAAUCUCCGAGCGAUGGGUCUGGUAGAUACUCAUCAGCUCCUAAAGAUGAUGUUGUAGAGCUUAGAAAAGACCUGGCCAACAAGCCCGAUGCCGAAGGCUGGGGUGUCUCUGCACCUCCAAUUCUCUGCUACUGCGUGGCCAGUAUCCUAAUGACCGUCACCAAUAAAUUUGUCCUUUCAGGCGCCAGCUUCAAUAUGAACUUCGCCUUUUUGGCCAUUCAGUCUAUCACUGGUGUUAGUUGUGUGGUGUUAGCCAAGAAGCUGGGGCUAAUCAACUUUCGCGAUUUCGACAAACAAGAUGCAAAAACUUGGUUUCCUAUUAGCUUUGCUCUCGUGCUGGUGAUUUACACAGGCAGCAAGAGUUUACAAUAUCUCAGCAUUCCCGUUUAUACUAUAUUCAAGAACUUGACCAUUAUCCUGAUUGCAUAUGGAGAAGUCCUUUGGUUUGGAGGCCGAGUAACGGCGCUGACCUUGGCUUCUUUUGGGUUAAUGGUCCUGUCCUCGGUAGUUGCUGCCUGGUCCGAUAUCACUACAGCAUUUCAGAAUAGCUUCCCUGAAUAUGCUGCAUCUCCUAUCUUCCAAAUUGAUCCUAGCAAAGCUCAUAAGAACCUUGCGAACACUGGCACAGGAUAUCUGUGGAUGGGAUUCAACUGCAUUACUACUGCAACCUACGUAUUAACGAUGAGGAAGAGGAUCAAGUCUACUGGAUUCAAGGAUUGGGAUACAAUGUUCUAUAAUAACUUGCUGUCUAUUCCUGUAUUAGCCAUAUUCUCACUGCUAUUCGAAGAAUGGAACCAGAAGAAUAUGGAUGCUAAUUUCCCGCCUGCAACCCGCAACGUAUUACUGAGUCUCAUGGCUAUGUCCGGAGCAGCAGCCGUGUUUAUCUCAUACACUACCGCCUGGUGUGUCCGAGUCACGAGUAGCACAACCUACAGUAUGGUUGGAGCAUUGAAUAAACUUCCAGUAGCCGCCUCUGGCAUGAUCUUCUUUGGCGACCCUGUAAACUUUUCCUCGGUGUCAGCGAUCACCAUCGGAUUCGUCGCCGGAGUCGUUUAUGCCAUCGCCAAAAAUAACCAGGCAAAGGCCGAGAAGAAGGCCGGACCUGGUUCUGUGGAAUCUUUACCUAUGCAUAGAAGGGCAUAG